GAUGAAAAAGACCGACCCCUGAAUACCAAAACACAGCACUAUUCCCAUUGGGUUUUUCACAAAUGAUCUUCUUUUUCUUCUUCAUCAUCUCUAGAAGAUAAAUUUUACAUUUUUACUCGUACCCACCCACCCAACAUCAAUGGAGGAUAUGCAGGAUGCAGCAGCAGCAGCAGCCUGUUCUUCAUCUUCCCCACCUCCUCCUCUUCAACCCAAAGACGACAUUUCAUUAUUUCUUCAUCAAAUCCUUCUCCGUUCCUCUUCAUCCACCCCUUACCACCACCACCACCGUCCUCCUCCUCCACCACCACCACCGCUCGCUGAAUCCUCUUCCGCUUGGAAUUCCAUUUCCUCCGCCGUUUAUCUCCCUCCGACCGUCGCCUCCUCCUCUUCCGUCGGAAAUACGGACAAUGAUCCCGACGACUACGAUUGUGAAAGCGAGGCGGAGGAGGAGGGUUUUGAAGCGAAUCCUCUGAUUCCAGCUCCGGCAGCAGCAGUACGGAUUUCUUCUUCUUCUUCUUCUUCUUCAAAGAGGAGUAGAGCAGCUGAAGUUCAUAAUUUAUCAGAAAAGAGGAGAAGGAGUAAGAUAAAUGAGAAAAUGAAAGCUUUGCAGAAACUGAUUCCAAAUUCCAAUAAGACUGAUAAAGCUUCAAUGCUAGAUGAAGCCAUUGAAUACCUUAAGCAGCUUCAGCUCCAAGUACAGAUGUUAACGAUGAGAAAUGGAUCGAGUUUAUAUCCUUCUGAGCUAUUACAACACAAUCAACUUUCCCCUAUCAAAAUGGAGUACUUUUGUGAAGUCAAUAACCCUCUUACAAACAUCAUCCUCCCUACUGUUCUUCACCAAGAACAACAUCAUCACAUAAAUGAUCUAUUGACAAUGCCAAAUCAACAACUCACAUCGGAUGCCAAUGAUCAUAACCGGUUGGGGAUUCAUCAUCUUGUAGAAUCCGAGUGUCCAUUGCCUCAUCAUCAUCAACAACUCAACAUGAUUCCAGAUUUUCAAUCAUUGUUUCCUUUAAAUGCAAGAGGAGGAUCAAACUUUAAGGAUGAUGAUUUGGAAUCUUGCAUCCUAAGAAGAUCAGAUGGUCAGGAUGAUGACAUGCCGUCAUCGUCGUCGGUUUAUCUGCCCCAUUUGAGUGGUUUGAAGAGAGGAAGAAGAGAUCUAUCAACAGCUGCAGAGGAAUUGGAUGGAAAGUUCUAAUCUGGGGUUUUGGUGGAUAUUUCAUCAAUGAAUUCCCUUGUUGCUAAUUAUUUGAUGGAAUUGUUUAAGAUUCAAUCAUGAAGAUUAGUUUUGUUUUGAAAUGUGGAUAGUAUAAUUGACAUGGAAUGUGUGAUCUUGAACUAAUUAAGAGGAAUGCCAUAAAUUCAUCUUUUAAAGUUAAGUUUGGAACUAGAUAUCAA